CAUCAGUCUGCUCUACUACCCGACGUGGUGGAUAUUCGAACCAUCAUGAUGACCCUCUUUGCUAACAACACAGACUGGCUCUUGAAUACUACAUGCAAAGCAGUCCCCGGGAGCGAGGGGUGGCCGCCCUUAGAGGAAUGGGCGUCGCUCAACCGGUCCGUCGACGGACGCCUGCUUCAACCGAUUCCGCCGGGGGCGGCCUGCCACGAGGCGCAAGCCGCACACUACAAUGCCGCCGCAUGCGGCGAGGUGCAAGCCGCGUGGUUCACCGAGCCGCUGCACUCUAACGACCCGGUCUCGUCCAUGUGGAACAACUGGAACAAUGACACAUGCCUGCCCGACCCGGCGCUCCCCUGCAGCGCGGCCGGAUACCCCGUGUACGUGGUCAACGCUUCGACUGCGCAGCAUGUCAAGGCUGGGAUUGAUUUUGCAAGGAUGCACAAUAUCCGCUUGAUUGUCAAGAACAGCGGGCAUGACUACCUCGGCCGCUCGAGCGCGCCCGGCUCGUUGUCCAUAUGGGUCCAUCAUAUGAAAGAAAUCCGAGUGCACGAGGAGUCGUCCUUCCGGCCGACGGGGUGCAAUGUCAGCAUCCCGCUCGAGGGAGGACGCGCCGUAACGGCGGGCGCAGGGACGCAGAUGCUUGAGGCGUACCGAGCCACGGCGCUUCACAACCUGACCGUAGUUGGGGGGAACGGCAGGACGGUCGCGCUGGGCGGAUUCAUUACCGGUGGCGGGCACAGCAUCCUGGCGCCGCACUACGGCAUGGCAGCAGACCAGGUCCUUGAGAUGGAGUUGGUGACGCCGACGGGGGAGAUCGUGACCUCGAACGAAUGCCAACACGCGGACUUGUUCUGGGCCAUGAGGGGGGGAGGCGGAUCGACCUUUGGCGUCCUGACCUCCAUCACGCUUAAAGCCAUCCCCAGCCCCGAGGUGAUGAGCCUCGCCUUCCAACUCUCCACGCCCGCAUCAAACCCGCACGCUCUCGACGCAAUCACCUACUUCGUGAGCAAGCUUCCAGACCUGGGCGAUGCCGACGUGUCCGGGUACCCCAUCAUCUUCCGGUCCGCCGCCGCCGCCACCAGUACUGUAUCCCUGAGCGGGAUAAUUGGCAAGGUAAUCAUGCUGCACACGCGGGACCCUCGCAGAAUUCUGGUCCAGCUCGAGCCCGUAGUUGCGCACAUCAACGCCACCUGGUCAGAAGGCGGGCUUGGCUGGACAUGGUUGGCAGACACAACCUACUUCCCAUCCUUUGGCGCGUGGUACGAGCAGAAUUACGACCCCUCGCCCGUCGGGUAUGGCAGCGUCAUGGGCUCGCGGCUGCUCGACAGGGGCGCGCUGGCGGCGAACCUGACGGCCACCAAAGCCGCGCUGGACAGGUUCUCCUCCGCUGGCGAUGGCAGAAUGGCGCCGGGGCUGGUUACGGCGUAUAUCGUCUCGGGAAAAGCCGUGUGGGAGGCGAAGCCUAGAGGCGGGAGCACGGCGGUGAAUCCCGCCUGGAGGAGGACCCAUGUUCAUGCGACUGCUAGCUUCAGCUUCGCCCCCUUGAAUGCUACCGCCAGGGCGAUGGCCAUCUCCCAGGCAAAUGCCGCCGCGGCAGCACUGCGGGAAGUGAGUCAGGACAUGGGAGCGUAUGUGAAUGAGGCCAGCCGCUACGAACCAGACUGGCAGCAGGUAUUUUGGGGGCAGAACUAUCAGCGGUUACUGCAGAUCAAGCGUGCCGUGGAUCCGGACGAUGUGUUUUGGUGCCAGCCCUGUGUUGGGAAUGAGCGGUGGGAGGAAGUCGAGGGGAUGCUGUGCCGUGUUUGAUUCGAGAUCCUUGUUUGCUGCAGCUUGAGUGUCAGACUUGGGCAGGAUAGCACCCUUUUUGAGCGCUGACAAUCCAGAUGAAGGCGAAGAUGAAGGCCUCUUGGCGUGGCAUUUGAUCACGUAACGGAUGGUCUAAGGCUUCUGGGAGUGCUUCUCCCUCGGGUUUCCCGUUGUAUCGAGCUGUCAACAUGCCAAUAUCGUAUGUCGGACAGUUUUCUCAGUUCUAAGUCAUUGAGCGUGAGAGAAAAGAGAGAUGUUCAAUUAUAUCUGGGGAAGGA